GUUAAGAAAGAUGUUUCGAAUGUACUUUUUACGUUUCUUCUCAGCUUUUUCCGUUCAAAGUUGUAUAUAAUACAUAAUACAGUGUUAUUUUGAACGUGUAAAAUGCAUAGAGUUUCCUUCAUCACGUCAGGUUAGGCGCAGAAAGCGCAAUAUAACCUAGCUACAAAGCAGAGCAUAUUUUUCAGUACUUACAUGUGGGUAUUUAUUUGUAUUGCUUGCACAUAAAAAUUAAAUUUACGUCGAACACAUUUAUAGAGCUAAUUAUAUAUAUUGGUGCAUAUUGAAGACGUCAGUUGAACGUAUAAUAAUGAGAUGAUUAAUAAUCAAUUGUAUUACAUUUUGUGUCAAUAAUUUUACGAUAAAAUGUGGAACAUGAUGUUGACGAGAUUUUUUAAUACAGUUAUUAAAAACCAAAGAGCGCAGAUCUACAAGCAUCAGACACUGAGCGCAUUUAUUUUUAAAGUAAACAACAUGUGCACGGACACUUUUGAUAUAAAUCUUCUCUCUUUAGAAGAUAAGGAGAAAAUACUCCAAGUAAUAAAUAGCAAAAGCAUGAAAGAUCUAGCACAAUAUUCCAUUACUAAGAAGCGUGCAGAGAAAUUAGAAUUGCACCGUGCAAAUAAUGGACCGUUUGAAUCGUUGGACGAUUUGUUACAAGUACAGAGUAUGAAUAACAAAUGUGUGUAUAAUUUUUAUAAGUCAAUUAUAUGUGGUAAGAAAAAGCCUCCUAAGAAGAUUACGUCAGGCUUGGUUGUAACACCACAAAAUACUGAUACUAGUCAAAGGGAUGUCGAUACAGUAUUAGGCAUAUACGUAGGACAUGACUUGAUAAGUUGGUCAUUAUUAAAUCGCGAUUGCGAAGUAUUACAGUGGAGUUAUAAAUCUUUUCCACGAAAAGGGCCAAAAGAAAAUAUUCAUACUUUACUUCAAGAGACAAUACCAAUUGCCAAAAAAUUACCGAAGGCUGAUCGGUAUAUAAUGCAAGAGACCGGUGGUGACGUGGGCCGUAUACAAAAUCGCCACUUUUAUCAAAACUUUGUACAACAAUCUAUAAUAGGCGCUAUCAUUCUGUCGUAUCUGACAAUGUUGGAUAAUAAAUUUAAUGACACCACAGGAUUUGUGGCAAACAACAUAUUUAUACUUCGGCAGCGUGUAUUGCGAAAAAUCUAUGGACUUAUAAUAGACAACGAGGGUAUUUCCACACAGUACAUGGUGCAAAAGCUAUUGCAGGAAAGCAACGAACCGAUAAAAACAAAGGAACCAAAAGUGUUAAUAGGAACAGAAUUGAGAAACAUGUACAACGCACAAAGUCCUGUUUGUCAAGAACAAAUUGGUUGGUCGUUAUUAAUAUCGUUAGCUUUCAUAGAAUUAAUUGUACAUAAAAGACCUGACAUGAUCCUUCGUGAAGCUCCUCAAAGAUAAUAAAAUAUGAUGUUAGCUAUUAUUAAUUUAAUAAUAAUGCCAACAAAAAAAUCUUAUGAGAGAACAUCAGAACACAUCGUUGAUGAAUAUAUUUUGUAAAGUAAACAGAUCGCUUACAGUGUGAAUAAAGAAUAUUUUUUUUAA